CCCAGAGGAGGAGGAGGAGGCUGCAGAGCCCCAGGCCAUGGUCCCCUCUCGCAGGACGUGGAACCUGGGAGCCACGCCCUCACUGCGGGGCCUGUGGAGAGUGGGCCGGGCCCCAGAGCCGGAGCAGCCGGGGAUGGCUCGCCCCGCCCCAGCCCCAGCCAGCCCUGCCACCCGCCCUGCCCCACACACCGGCCUGGGGAGGUUGAGAACUGGGCGUGGGAAAGACGCAGCGAUCGGUGGUGAGGAGGACUCCAGUGCCCGAAUCACAGCUCGACCCGCCCUAGCGCAGUGCCGAGCGCUCAGUGUGGACUGGGCCGGCUCCGGGAGCCCCCACAGGCUGUACCUGACCGUGCAGGAGGCCCUGCAGGACAAGGGGUACGAGAGCAAGAGUCAGGGGACGAAAGAAGAGAAACUUGCAAAGAGGCCUGCACCGGCCCCCAGGCGCGAACGGGAGGCCCCGGAAGCCGGUGGCAGUGCCAUGAAUGUAGAGAAAACAGGUAGCCGGCUGUUUGGCAGUGGGAGGUGCUCGAGCCUGUCGGGAUCGCCGGGGGCAGUCCCAGUCGUGCAUAGGAUGGUGGAGGCCAUGUCCCAGCUCCAGGAGGAGAAGGCCCAGCUCCAGGAGGAGUUGGUGGUCCUGAGGGAGAGGCUGGCCCUCCAUGACAGUGACCAGCAAGCCACCGCCACCCAGCUGCAGAACCAGGUGGAAAACCUGAAGGAGAAGCUCAUUAGCCAGGCCCAGGAAGUGAGCCGACUUCGGUCAGAGCUGGGAGGCACUGACCUGGAGAAGCUGCGGGACCGGCUGACAGUGGAGAAUGAGCGGCUGAGGCAGGAGCUGCGGCGCUGCGAGGCUGAACUGCAGGGGCUGCGGGCACAACCGCCGCCAGCAGCGCCCUGCCCAGGCUGUGAACACAGCCAGGAGAGCGCCCAGCUCCGUGACAAGCUGUCGCAGCUGCAGCUGGAGGUGGCAGAGAACAAAGGCAUGCUCUCUGAGCUGAACCUGGAAGUGCAGCAGAAGACAGACCGGCUGGCUGAGGUGGAGCUACGCCUCAAGGACUGCCUGGCCGAGAAGGCGCAGGAGGAGGAGCGGCUCAGCCGGCGCCUGCGCGAUAGCCACGAGACCAUCGCCAGUCUGCGGGCCCAGUCCCCACCCGUCAAGUAUGUCAUCAAGACGGUGGAGGUGGAGUCGUCCAAGACCAAGCAGGCGCUCAGUGAGUCCCAGGCCCGGAACCAGCACCUGCAGGAGCAGGUGGCCAUGCAGCGGCAGGUGCUGAAGGAGAUGGAGCAGCAGUUACAGAGCUCACAUCAGCUGACCACACAGCUCCGCGCGCAGAUUGCCAUGUACGAGUCAGAGCUGGAGCGGGCCCACGGGCAGAUGCUGGAGGAGAUGCAGUCCCUGGAGGAAGACAAGAACCGGGCCAUCGAGGAGGCGUUUGCCAGAGCCCAGGUGGAAAUGAAGGCUGUGCACGAGAACUUGGCAGGCGUCAGGACCAACCUGUUGACGCUGCAGCCAGCCCUGCGGACCCUCACCAACGACUACAACGGGCUCAAGCGGCAGGUGCGCGGCUUCCCUCUGCUGCUGCAGGAGGCCCUCAAGAGUGUCAAGGCCGAGAUCGGCCAGGCCAUCGAGGAGGUUAACAGCAGCAACCAGGAGCUGCUGCGCAAGUACCGCCGGGAGCUGCAGCUGCGCAAGAAGUGCCACAACGAGCUGGUGCGGCUGAAAGGGAACAUCCGAGUGAUUGCUCGGGUCCGGCCAGUCACCAAAGAAGAUGGGGAGGGACCCGAGGCAACUAAUGCUGUGACCUUUGACCCCGAUGAUGACUCCAUCAUCCACCUGCUGCACAAGGGCAAGCCUGUGUCUUUCGAGCUGGACAAGGUCUUCUCUCCGUGGGCCUCGCAGCAGGAUGUGUUCCAGGAGGUGCAGGCCCUAAUCACCUCAUGCAUCGAUGGCUUCAACGUCUGCAUUUUUGCCUAUGGCCAGACGGGGGCUGGCAAGACGUACACCAUGGAGGGAACCCCUGACAACCCAGGCAUCAACCAGCGGGCGCUGCAGCUGCUCUUCUCUGAGGUGCAGGAGAAGGCAUCUGACUGGGAGUACAACAUCACUGUCAGUGCAGCCGAGAUCUACAACGAGGUCCUCAGGGACCUGUUGGGGAAGGAGCCUCAGGAGAAGUUGGAGAUCCGGCUGUGCCCAGAUGGCAGUGGACAGCUCUACGUGCCAGGGCUGACCGAGUUCCAGGUGCAGAGUGUGGACGAUAUCAACAAGGUGUUUGAAUUUGGCCACACCAAUCGCACCACGGAGUUCACCAACCUGAAUGAGCACAGCUCCCGCUCGCACGCUCUGCUCAUUGUAACGGUGCGCGGCAUGGACUGUAGCACGGGCCUGCGCACCACAGGAAAGCUGAACCUGGUGGACUUGGCCGGCUCCGAGCGUGUGGGCAAAUCGGGGGCGGAAGGCAGCCGGCUGCGGGAGGCGCAGCACAUCAACAAGUCGCUGUCGGCGCUGGGGGACGUCAUUGCUGCCCUGCGAUCCCGCCAGGGCCACGUGCCCUUCCGCAACUCCAAGCUUACCUACCUGCUGCAGGACUCACUCAGUGGUGACAGCAAGACCCUCAUGGUGGUACAGGUGUCCCCCGUGGAGAAGAACACCAGUGAGACACUCUACUCCCUCAAGUUCGCGGAGAGGGUGCGCUCUGUGGAGCUGGGCCCUGUGUCCCGGCGUGCAGAGCUGGGAUCCUGGUCGAGUCAGGAGCAUCUGGAGUGGGAGCCAGCUUACCAAACGCCGCAGGCUUCAACGCGUGCCCACUCAGCACCCGGCUCUGGGACCACAAGCCGCGCUGGCUCCAUCCGGAGGAAGCUACAGCCCUCAGUCUGAAGGCUGGGGCUGCACGGUCUCCAGGGAAGUCAAGACCCGUGCCUGUGUGAUGGACAGGGUCACCCUGCUGGGCCAGGGGCCUGAAGCUGCUGCACUGCAAGGGCUUCCUGUACCACGUUCAGGAGGAAGUAGCAUCUUGGCUUGGGCACAGACGGCGUGAGCUGCAAGGGCAAGCCCGGGCCCAUGAGGGGAGGGUGGGCCUCUGGCCGUCAUGUACAUAGUGUUCUUGGGGGUGUAGGAACCCCACCACCCAAGUUGUAUUUAUGGCCAGGGAUCCCACUGCUCCCAUCUGCCUGGUAGCAGGCAUGGUCCUGGCUCAUUGGCCUCCCGAGGCCCACCCUCCCUGAAAUCCUAUUUAAGAACUUUUGGAAGCUUAGCUGUUUUUACUUAUUAAAAUAAAAGCCUUUUUACACAA